CACAGCCUGCACCGGGGGGCCGGCGAGGGGCCUGCAGGCUCCGGAGCCCUGAUGCCUCGCAGCUCACUGUCCUGAGCGGCCACCACCAGCACCCAGAGUUGAGGGCAGCAACAGGGCCGGACGCGGUCCCGGAGGGAGCCCAGAGGGCCCCGAAGGCCAGGCCCACCAUGGCCCAAGCACUGCCCUGGCUCCUGCUGUGGAUGGGCUCGGGACUGCUGCCUGCCCACUGCACCCAGCCUGGCAUCCGGCUGCCCCUGCGAAGCGGGCUGGGGUCGCCCCCCCUGGGGCUGCGGCUGCCCCGGGAGACCGUGGAAGAGCCGGAGGAGCCCGGCCGGAGGGGCAGCUUUGUGGAGAUGGUGGACAACCUGAGGGGCAAGUCCGGUCAGGGCUACUACGUGGAGAUGACCGUGGGCAGCCCCCCGCAGACGCUCAACAUCCUGGUGGACACAGGCAGCAGUAACUUUGCAGUGGGGGCUGCCCCCCACCCUUUCCUACAUCGCUACUACCAGAGGCAGCUGUCCAGCACAUACCGGGACCUCCGGAAGGGCGUCUAUGUGCCCUACACCCAGGGCAAGUGGGAGGGGGAGCUGGGCACCGACCUGGUGAGCAUCCCCCAUGGCCCCAACGUCACUGUGCGCGCCAACAUCGCUGCCAUCACUGAAUCAGACAAGUUCUUCAUCAAUGGCUCCAACUGGGAGGGCAUCCUGGGGCUGGCCUAUGCUGAGAUCGCCAGGCCCGAUGACUCCCUGGAGCCAUUCUUUGACUCCCUGGUAAAGCAGACCCACGUUCCCAACCUCUUCUCCCUGCAGCUCUGUGGUGCUGGGUUCCCCCUCAACCAGUCGGAAGUGCUGGCCUCAGUUGGAGGGAGCAUGAUCAUCGGAGGUAUCGACCACUCACUGUACACGGGCAGCCUCUGGUACACACCCAUCCGGCGGGAGUGGUACUACGAGGUCAUCAUUGUGCGGGUGGAGAUCAACGGGCAGGACCUGAAAAUGGACUGCAAGGAGUACAACUACGACAAGAGCAUCGUGGACAGUGGCACCACCAAUCUUCGUUUGCCCAAGAAAGUGUUUGAAGCUGCUGUCAAAUCCAUCAAGGCAGCCUCCUCGACGGAGAAGUUUCCGGACGGGUUCUGGCUGGGGGAGCAGCUGGUAUGCUGGCAGGCAGGCACCACCCCUUGGAACAUUUUCCCGGUCAUCUCCCUCUACCUAAUGGGCGAGGUCACCAAUCAGUCCUUCCGCAUCACCAUCCUUCCACAGCAAUACCUGCGGCCAGUGGAAGACGUGGCCACGUCCCAAGACGACUGCUACAAGUUCGCCAUCUCACAGUCCUCCACGGGCACUGUGAUGGGAGCUGUGAUCAUGGAGGGCUUCUACGUCGUCUUUGAUCGGGCCCGAAAACGAAUUGGCUUUGCCGUCAGUGCCUGUCAUGUGCAUGAUGAGUUCAGGACGGCAGCAGUGGAAGGCCCGUUUAUGACCCCGGACAUGGAAGACUGUGGCUACAACAUCCCACAGACAGACGAGUCGACCCUCAUGACCAUAGCCUACGUCAUGGCGGCCAUCUGCGCCCUCUUCAUGCUGCCGCUCUGCCUCAUGGUGUGCCAGUGGCGCUGCCUGCGCUGCCUGCGCCAGCAACACGGUGACUUUGCCGACGACAUCUCCCUGCUGAAGUGAGGCGGCCCCCGGGCAGGAGACAGGGACUCUCCUGGGCCGCACCUGCUGGCUCACUCUGGGCACGAGCAGGACGCACUGAUGGCACUGGUGGCCAGAGCUCCUCAAGACCCUCACCUACCCACCAAAUGCCUCUGCCCUGCCCGAAAAGAAGGGCGGGCGGGCACGGUGGGGUACAGGAAUGGCACCUGUAGGAAUCGGGAGAGCGAAGAAAGCAGCACUCUGGUGGCGGGAACAUUCUUGGUCACCUCAAGCCCGAGUUGGGAAAUUCUUCAGCCUUGAACCUUUGCCAACCACCCCUCUGGAUUCUCCAACCCGAAGUAUUCUUCUCUUCUUAGGUCCAGAAGUAGUGGCAUCACAGCCAAGUCACCCCCAUGAGCGUCUCUCUGCCGUACCCUUGGCAGAGAAAGGGCCAACGUCGCUUCCCUGACCAAAGUCAGUAGGAACGGACGCAUGGUUUGCGAUUUGCUUUAGUGACAGGGACUGUAGAAACAAGCCUAACAUUGGUACAAAGACUGCCUCGUGAAUUAAACAAAAAUGAGACUGAAUAUUUGUACAGAUGGGGGCGGUUGGAAGAGGAGAGGAGAGGGAGCGCAAAGACAGGGAACAGCUGGGAUCAGAGCUAGAAAAGGCAGAACCACGGCCACUCGCCAGUCCCAGUUUCAGACUGCAUCUCCAAGAUAGAAGCCCAUCUUGUAAGAUGGGCGUCGCUGCCCGAUGUUUUUUCUGUGGUUGUAGCCUGACCGAAAGUGAGUUGGGAAGAAGGGCUUACCUAGCCAAAAAGCUCUUUUUAACUCUCUUAAAUGAAAAGUGCCCACUAAGAAGUUCCAUCUAACGAAUGAAUUUCUACCUGAAUGAUUCCACUUGUCUCUACCUGAACCCUUUACUCCACACAUGCUAGGUUAACACUGACACUUCCCACCCCCCACCCCCAGCCCCAGGUGCCCUAUGAGAAGCAACUGGAACACACCAAAUAGAGCAGGGCCUGGCUCUGUCUUCCUGCUUACGUGUUCACGCCCACCCCCAAACCCCUAUUCCUCUGGAGCUCUGCAGCUGAGGUGCUAAGAGGGAUAGACAGGAGACCUCUCUUUCUUAACCCUUGAAAGCAGAAUCAUCAAGGUUCACUCAACAGGUACAGGGUUGAUGCCCUGGUGCCUCUGCCUGGAUUUCUUCCUGUUCAGCAGUAAGUAGUAGUAAGAUCUCCACACGAUACAGAGCGGUUUCAUCGCCUUCUCACCCUCUCUGAUGUCCCCUCCAUUAACUUGGCUAAGGCACCCCACAGGGGCACUAGUAUUACACCCAGUGUCAGAAACGCAGGGCUUUCUGGCUCUAGCCAGAAUUCUAUCAAUUGGCAAUUCUAUCAAUAGGCAAUUCUAUCAUUGCCUUCGAUAACAAGGCUGCUAGAGAAAGGCUG